AUACAAGUUUAUGUUAGCAUUUUAUCCCCAUAGCAACGUUGAUAAGUAGCUAUUUGACAUUUUACAUUAUUUCAAAUCAUUAAAUAAAUCUAUAUUUAAGUUGAAAAGAAAUAGUCAUUUGUAAAAGUUCAAAACAAGCUGGUUUCCAAAGUUUAGCUUCUAUGUUUGAUGCGUAUCUUAUAUUUGUUUUUUAUUCAUGAUUGGUUUGUUAUAAUGAUUCAACAAGAGAUUAGAAUUUAAUAUUGAAUCAUCAUGCAAUUGCUGUUUUUAAAAGUAUCUCUAUAGAUCUAAAAGUCAUGGGAAAAGCUUAAAGAAAUCGGGCGGUAAUUUGUUCAAGGUACUUAACAAAACAUCACAUUUUAUGCUUAAAAUAAUUCAUACAUACAAGGUAAUACAAAUAUAUGCAGGCACAUGCACUUUAUAGGUUGGUAACAUAAAAACUUUUAGGGUGAACGACAGGUACUUAUUCCAAGUAAUCCGAAUUUCAAUAACAUGCAAUUGCACGUGUUCCAAAAAAAAAAAAAUAAUCAUAAAGGCAAAUAGAAGGUUAUAAAGGCUCAGGCGUCAGAGGCGUAAAAACCCGUAGCUCGUUGCCAAUCAAUGUCGCUGGGAGCUGUUGUUGAUGGAUGACUAUUCCUAUGCAAAUAGCAAAUGGAAGUUCGUUUCGCGUGCAGGAGCCGCGACUAAUUCAAUCAGAGGAGCGGGAGCAGGCAGCCUGGAGCAAUGAGCUGCUCCGGGACUAGGCCACCGUGUCUUGUCUUGCCGAAGAAAUGCAAAUGCAUAGGGAAAGUUACAGGUGGAUCGGCGGGCAGGGAGCUUAGCGAGUCCUGGGGGAUCCAAACAACCAAUCAUUGUUUGGUCGAUGGGAAACGCAGCCGGCUCGUUUCGGUGGUUCGAAGCCCGGUUAAUAUUCAAAUUAAAUCGAGGGGGAAUACGACCAAUAUGCGCUGCAAGUGAACAGUCGGGCGGGUAGUUGGCCCUGUCGUAGUUGUCGUCGUAGAGUCCCCAGUUCCGGCCAGCUCAAAAACAUAAGUUCCUUCCUAUUGUCAGUCGCAGACCAGCAGCAGAAGAACCACGGCCAUAGCAGCGCAAACGAACAGGGAAGCCAAGCAACUCAUCAUGGUACAGAUUUCGCAGACGGAGGAGGACAUCAAGAUCUCCAUCGAACUCAAUCGUCUGGUGACCCGCAAGCCGGACGUUGUUCUCCUUCCGCAGUACCUAAAGUUCAACAAUCCACCCAUUUUCUUUGAGCGUCAUCUGGCCCAGGAGAUCGACGAGAUGGCUAGCUUUUGUCGCAUCUUCAAGAACGAAGCCCGCAUUGUGCUGGUGAAAAAGGAGAAGGGCUUAUGGCCUGAGAUGUUCCAGAAGCUGGACAAGGAGGCACUCAUGCAGAAGCGCCUGGAGAUCGCCGACCUCAUUGUGGAGCGCAACAAGAAGCGGGAUGAGAAGGCACUGGAACGUUACGACAACAAGCGGCGGGCGGAGAUCCAGAAGGAGAUCCAGCGGGAGACUGAUAUGCGCGAGCGUGUGAAGCAGUUUCAGGAGAACUCGGUGCGCGAAGCUCUGGUGGUGGAUGUACGCAAGGAGGCGAAAGCUGCGCCCAAGCCAGAUACACUGCAGUAUCCGCCGUCGUCGGGGGGCGCCAGUCGCCUGGCCACGCCCAUCAUGCGUCCGCCCAUGAGCUCCGUUCGUGGCAGCGGACGGAUCAACGUAAACUUCACCACACAGCACAAGCGGACCACGCCGAAGCGGGAGUCGCAGGCCGCCAUGGAGAAGGCGUAUGCCGCCUCCGGUGGACCCAAUGCGAAUGUCCAGUCACCGAUGGAGAGUGUGGAUGAAUAAGCGUUUCAUGUCAAUUUGUGCAUGCGUGUGAGACUGUGCUAAUAUUCCUAUUUUAUUAUUGCAUCAAAUAAAUCUACAGGUGUUUGCUUUAGUUGAA